AUGAUCGAGGCCAUGUCGCUCUGGUCGUAUAUGUACGAAGCCGGCUGUACUGUGAAAAAGUUCGCUCUAGGGCAGGGGCUCAUUUUUUGUAGCCCCCUUGAGACCCGCACUGGAGCUGCGACAACGCUAGAGCGGGGCGCCACACCGCUUGACGCAGAGCCUUCAAGCUAUCCGAGUAACGAGCCUGAGUCAACACGAAUCGGUGUGUUUGACAUCACUCGAGCGUACCCCGAAGUAUGGCUAUCGUACGGGGUGACGGUGUUGCUUCUCGCUGGUACGUGGUUGUACUUCCGCCAACGACUGCGCGCAGCCGAACGGCUUUUGCCGCAGAAGCGAGUCGAGUUUUCUCGAAAUGCAGAGCACGUUCAUCAGCUUCAAGAGAAACCCACGGAGGCACUUGGCACCGCAGCCGGGGAUACGGAAGCGCUCCAUGAACCGGUGUUGAAAGAGGUUCGUGUGAAACCUGUACCGAGCCUCGAGGCGGAGGAAGGAACAAAUGACCGCACGCGACGAAGGCGAAGAAGGGCGUCUAAGCAAAACACUUGA